AUGAAGAGCUGGCUCCGGACGAUAGGCCUCACGGCUCUGCUAGCCGGCCAUGUGCUUGCUAACGAAGUUGAAUUAAAAUCCGAUGAAGCGCACCGUCAGCGAUGUUCAGGGAUGUACAGCCGCAAAGCAUGGGGAGGGAGUGUCGACCCCUUUAUCCUGGUCAAGUUUACCAAAUCGAACGUACCAGAGGGCGACCCUCUUGCCAGCUUGGUUAUCUUUGAAUGGAAUGAUGAGGAUUUGAUUGGCGAAUACCGGAAUGAUGGCGAUGAGAUCAAGGAAACUAUCUGCGAUGCAACCAAUGUUGAUGCAAAGCUUUGUACGGAAGACCAGAUUGGCUCUUUCCUCCUUACGAAGAACGCGACCGACGUCUCCAAGAACGCCAUCCUCUCCACCGCUGUCCACCUCAACGACCCGAGUGCCGUUAAGUAUUCCGUUCGAAAGACCGGUUUCUACUGUGUUAGCACCUACGCAUACUCUGGGGAAGAUUAUGGCGCAGUGGUGACUUUCCGCAACUCGUACGGCGAGCUUCCCGCCGCUCAGAUUGCGAAGCUGCCGUUCUACGGAGGUCUGACCAUUGUUUACGCUGUCAUUGGAUGUUUCUGGGGAUUCCUUUACUUCCAAAACCGCUUUGACAUCCUGCCUGUCCAAAACUAUAUCACCGCCAUUGUUGUUUUCCUGGUCAUCGAGCAGCUGAUGACAUGGGGAUUCUAUGAUUAUCAAAACCGUCAUGGAUUGAAUGGCAUGGGCAAGGCAUUAAUGGUCAUUGUCGCAAUUCUCAAUGCAGGCCGCAAUGCUUUUUCCUUUUUCCUUCUGCUCAUUGUGUGCAUGGGCUAUGGUGUUGUCAAGCCCUCCCUGGGCCGGACGAUGGUCUACGUCCGCAUCCUGGCCAUUGCACACUUCAUUUUUGCAGUCGUCUACUCCAUUGCCAGUCUGUCGAUCACCCCGGACAGCGCCGGUCCCUUAGUGCUCUUGAUUGUACUCCCUCUGGCUGGAACCCUGACGGCGUUCUACGUGUGGACCUUGAACUCGCUCAACGCUACCAUGAAGGAUCUGAUCGAUCGCAAGCAGAAGACCAAGGCGCUCAUGUACAAGAAGCUCUGGUGGUGCAUUCUUGGUAGCAUCAUCGUCAUCUUUGGCUUCUUCUUUAUCAACUCCUUCGCCUUCGCUGGCCGCAGUGACGCCAGCUUUGUGCCUGAGCACUGGAAGGCGCGGUGGUUCGUGCUUGACGGCUGGCUGAACUUGGUUUACAUGUUUGAUAUUGUCUUUGUGGCUUAUCUGUGGCGCCCGACCGCGAACAACCGACGCUUCGCUAUGAGUGAUGAGCUUGCUCAAGAUGACGACGGCUUUGAGAUCCGCUCCUUCGGCAGCGGUCUGGAUGAGGAAGAUCCUUUGGAGGCUCCCCCGGAGUACCCUGGUAGCUCGAACCGCCGCGAUCUGUCGCCCGUUCCUCCUAAGCCUGUGAACUCAGGACAGCGAGAGCGCACGUCUUUGGACGAGGAGACUAUUUUCGCCGUGGGCGAGGAUGGAGACAAGUGGUCCGAUGACGAUGAAUCCCCUCGCAACUCUAGCGAGAGACAAAGACUUACCCACUGA